UUUUACACAAUAAAAAAAAUAAAUUUAAUUGUCUACAGUGUAUUUUUCGCUUCAUAAUAAAAAGUAGAACUUCAUCAAAACUUUUGACUUAUUUUUGUAUGCCAUUCUUUAAAGCAUGUUGUGUAUGCGCGCGGUGUGCCAUACAUGUUUGAAUUAAUAAGGGUUAAGAAUUACUCUUUAGUAGGCUGAUUUGAUUGGUGGAAUACAACGGAAGUAAGGUGACCUAGUUAGUUUCCCUUGUCUUUAAAGUCCUACCAUACUUCCAAAUUUCUAAUCAUGACUAUUGUCCCAUUUAGGAUUCUAUCAAGAUCCUGUUUGAGCUAGACAUGUUUGUGCUUCAAGCGGACCCUGAAGAGUAUAGCAUUAUUUGGGUAGGUUUGUAUGACUUUGAAUUCAAAAGAACUCGAGAAUGGCUUAACUGCCGUUAAACCAGCUAAACAAUUGUGAAAGUUGUAGGGAGGACCAUAUUGUUGUAUGGAACAUUGCCAAAUACUCUCUCACAUGGCCUCCAUUAGGUCACAAUGAGCAAGGCCUAUGGCUAAGGAGAAGAAACCACCAAGCUCCAGAGAAAUCAGAGCCGAUUGGACUCAAUUUCAGCACCAAUAGCCCAUAAGUGGGAUGAAUGCUCCUAUUGAUGCAAAUCAAAACUUGGGCUGAUUCAAUAUUUUAUGUUUUAAUUUUUUUAUUGAAAAUUCAAGGGGAACGGAUGGACUUAUUUACUUAUUUAUUUUAUUAUUGUUGGGGGUCAAGUUGGGAGUUGAUUAUCUGUUAUGGGCUGGGUAGUGAAGUGUUUUUAAUUAGGGGUGGCGUGAGUUCUUGUUUGUUGGGAGUUUUAGGAGGCCCUUAAAAGGUGGCAUUGAUUUUUUUUUUGGUUAGCUAUGUACAUUUAUUUUCCACGUUGGAAAUAAGAGGGGUCCUAUUAAAUAGGGAAUUUGGUAGAGAAUGUGUGGACUCCUAGGUUUAAGAGAGCUACCUCUGACUUAAUAUAUCUGGAGAGAGAAAUUAGGCGGGUUAACAGAGGGGUCGAAGAAUAGUUACAUGGAUUCCUAAAUUAGGGGAUUUAAAAAGGUAAGUACAUGAGUUUAAGAGAGAAAGGGCUAUGAAGUCCUAAAAUAGAGGAAGGGAGGGAGAAGUGCGUGAGGGUAAUAGACGGCCCUAAAUUGGUGGGUGGUACACGACUUUUACAGAAGUUGGAAAAUGCCUUUUCAAUUUUUAGUUUUUGUAUUUUCGGUUUUGACAUGAGUAUUUUCUAAUGAAAGAGUCGAGAUCUUAUUUGGUGUGAAAAAGAGAGCUUCUUCUUUCCCUUUUGGCUUCAUUUAUGGCCAUACUUUUUUUCCUUAUUGUAGCUGAAAUUUGCAUAUUCAAGGAUCGAAAAGAAGGCAGAUUUAACUUCUAGCCUUCUUUUCAUACCAUCCGGUAUCAAAGCACGGUUUGAUGGUGAUCGGAGAACAUGAUGACUGGCCAUGGUGCUUGUGGCCGAUGGAAUGUCGAUCUGAAUUGAGUGGACGAGCGAGUUGAGAAAGUCAAAUGUGUCAUUUUUUGACUAAGCAUUGCAAGAAGCACCACAUUCCAUCUUGAAAACCCUGUUGAAAAUCUUGUUGAUAUCUAGCAUUGCAAGUACUAGAGAAUUCAUAGUGUCUUGAGGUGAUUGGAAAGCUUUGCUUUUCAGGCACUACAUGGUUAGAGCCAUGAUAGUGCUGAAGUGUGUAAUGAACCACCAAUAGAAAGUAAUGUCUAUGGAAAUUGCACGCCGAUGAUAUUGAUUUUGGAGCCAGCCAUUACAUUAUAUCACUCAUCUUAGGAUCUAUCUUCAUCCCAUUUGAAGACACAUUAUAACCCAAAAACAUUAGAAAGUUAGCACUUAUUAUAUUUAUGAAUCACUAUUCACCCCAUCACAAUGUUAAUAUUUGGUACAUAUGGGCAUUGGCAUCUACAUUGUAGCAAAUACAUCAUCGAAAGAAACUACCAUGGACUUACCAAUAAAAAAGGUUGUAACACCGUUGUUAUCAUGUGCAUGAAUGUGGUAGGUGCAUUCAAUGGACCUAGAGGCAUCGCCAACCACUCGUACAACCCACUCUUCAUCUAGAAAUCUACUUGUUUCCUUUGCGUAUGCAAAUCUGAUGAUAGCCACUUUUUAAGCCAAUCUUCGAAAAUGCUGUUGUUCUAGACAACCUAUCAAGCAUAUCAUCCAACCUGGGAAUAGGGAACCAAUACUUGACUGUUAUCAUGUUGAUCACUUGGCUGUCUACACACAUUCACUAUGAUCCAUUUUUCUUGGGGCAAGCAAGGUUGGUACAACACAUGGACUCAUGCUAAACCUUAUGAACCCCUUUGCCAACUGCGAACAAUAUCUUUGAAGCUCAUCAUACUCAUUAGGUCUUGUUAAAAUAUAACACUUUAGUUGGUUGAGAAUCAAGAAAGUGUAAAGGGAGAUCAAGAAUUAGGAGGAAGAACAAUGGAUAGAGAUAGAGAGACGGGAGAAAUAAUGUGUUGAAGAAAGGAAUUAAAAGAGAGUAACGUGUUGUGUUCUCUUCACACCCAUGCCCCUCACUUAUAUACCCUUAUUAAUGUUAAAAAGUGCAAUUACAAAAAUAGCCCUUAAGUAAGGGAAAUGAGAAUACGGUCCACAAGGCCUUAAAACACAAUAGCAUAGAGAAAAAACUUAUCUAGUCACAACACUCCCCCACAAGCUGGUGCAUAGAUAUCUGUCAUGCCCAACUUGCUUAAAAUCAUUUUUAGUCGAGGUUUCCCCAUAACCUUGGUACAAAUGUCUGCUAGUUCGUCUUCAGUUUUAACCUGUUGAAGACAAAUUUCCUUAAUAGAAACCCUUUCUUGAAUGAAAUGACGAUCCACUUCUAUAUGCUUCAUCUUAUCAUGCUGGAUCCAAUGUUUCAGAAAACGGUCCGCCUGGCGCCUAGGCGGCCAGAAAAAACUUUCCAAACGCCUCGACCUGGGCGCCCCUACAUGGGCGGCUGUACUUGGGCGGGCGCUCGAGGCAGUUGGCGUUUUUUUUGUAUUUAACUUCACCCAAAAGGGCUAAAGGGGUCAUUUUAACCCCCAAGUUUUUACAAAAGAAGUUUUGGAGUUUAUUUUUGUACCCCAAAGUGAAAAAAAACAAGAAACCCUCAAUCUUACACUUAUUUCUGAGAAUCUAAAGUAAUUUUUGAGAAUCGAAAGUACUUUUUGUGAAUUGAAAUUUUUUUUUUUUCUCAUUGAAAUUAUUUUUAGGGUGCUAUUGGUGGUAUUAGAAGACUUUUGAGUUGAUUUGUAGCUCGAUUGAGGUAACCAACAUCGAAGAUCAGAGAUUGGGUAGAAAAGGUCAGUAUGUAAUCUUUAUUUGAGUUUUAUUUUUCCAAAUUGAGAUGUCUUCUACAGGGUCUAUUGGGGGUGAAGAUCUUGGAUGGAAAUAUCGUGUUAACCCUGAUAAGAAUGACAAAAAUAAAGUUAUGUGCAAUUUUUGUGGAUAUGUUUCUAAUGCCGGCAUAAAUAGAUUUAAGAAACAUCUUACCGGUAUUAGAGGUGAUGUUGCUCCAUGUAAGAAAGUCUCAGAUCUUCUAAAGAAAGAAAUUUUGAAAUACAUUGACGUUGAAAAGAGUAAAAAAAUUGCAAAACAAAGGAUAUAACAGAAUUAAAGUCAGUGGUCCAUAUUUUUGAUGAUAAUAUUGACACUAAAGAAGAGACUGAAGAUGGGGAAGAGGUAGCCAUGGUUGGUACUCAGGUCUCUAAGACCAAGAGGGCUUUUGGGUAUAAGAAGGCUUGUACGAGAGGGCCUAUAGAUAGUUUUUUCACACCUAGCCCUGAGACAGUAAUUGAAAAAAGCAUGGGAGGCAAGGGGAAAAAACAAUGUGAUAAUUGAAAAUAAGUUUAAGAAGGAAGAUAGAGCCGGGGUGAUUCAGUCUAUUGCUCGGUGGUUUUACCAUGCAUGCAUUUGUUUUAACACUGCUUGCUUGAAUAGCUUCCAUACAAUGUUGGAAGCAAUUGGGCAAUUUGAGCCAGGUUUGAAAGUCCAACUCCUUAUGAGAUUGGAGAGCCACUACUAAAGAAAGAAGUUGAGUACACUAACAAAUAUCUCAAGACUCAUAAGGAGGGAUGGGCUAAAUUUGGGGUUUCUUUAAUGACAGAUAUGUGGUGAUGGGCUAAAUUUGGGGUUUCUUUAAUGACAGAUAUGUGGAGAUAGGAGGAAGAGUAACAUGAAUUUGUUAGUAAAUUGUCCUACGGGUACAAUUUUUUUGUGCUCAAUCGAUGAUUCCAAUGAUGUUCAUGAUGCGCAUUAUAUAUUUUCUUUUAUUGAUAAGGGCAUUGAGGAGGUUGGGGAGGAACUUGUAAUACAAGUGGUCACAGAUAAUGUUGCUCCCAAUCUAGCUGCAGGUCAUUUGCUUCGACAGAAGAGGCCUUGCAUAUUUUGGACUCCUUACGCUGCACAUUGCGUAGAUCUUAUGCUUGAGGCCAUUGGUGAAUUUCCUACUAUUAAAAGAAUUAUUUGUAAGGCUAAGGAGGUUACAAUCUUCAUAUACAGUCAUAUACUUACCCUUAGCAUGAUGCGCAAGUUUACAAAAAAGAGAGAGCUAGUGAGGCCUGGGGUCACUAGAUUUGCAACUGCCUACCUUAGUCUACAACGCAUGUAUAAGAGGAGGAUGGCAUUAAGGUCUAUGUUUGCUUCAGAGGAGUGGAGUAGGUAUAAGUGGUCUAGAGAUUCCAAGGGAAAGAAGGCACGAGAUAUUGUUCUUUCGAAAUAUUUUUGGCGUGGGAUGAAGCAUGCGAUAUUAGUAUUUCUUCCUUUGGUGAAGGUCUUGCGCUUGGUUGAUGCUUAUAAGCCCUCCAUGGGCUUUAUAUAUGAUGCAAUGGAAAGGGCUAAUAAUGUGAUUGCAGAGAAUUUGGGCAAGCGAAGUAUGCCUUAAUUUGGGAGAUUAUAGAUGACAAAUGGGAUAGGCAGCUCCAUAGACCAUUUCAUGCAGCGGGGUACUACUUGAACCUCAAGUUCUUUUAUGCAGAUGCAGAUAUUGAGUCAAAAGGGGUAAUUAUGGAUGGUUUUAAUGAGUGCCUGGAGAACUUAGUUUCUGAUCCACAUAUUCAAGAUAAGAUAUCAAUUGAAGAGCUAAUUUUGUACAAGUGUUCUUUGAUGUCAUUUGGGAAAGAUAUGGCAUUAAGACAGAGAAACAAAGACGGACCAGCCCAAUGGUGGAGACAUCAUAGGAGUAGCGCUCCAAACCUCCAGAAGAUGGCUAUACGGAUCUUGAGUUUGAUAACUACCUCUUCUGGUUGUGAGCGCAAUUGGAGUUUAUUUGAGAUGGUGUAUACAAAGAGAAGAAAUAGGCUUGAGCAAAAGAAGCUCAAUGACUUGGUUUUUGUUAGAGAGAAUCAAAGGCUCAAGGAGAAGAAAAACCAGCCAAAGAAGGACGCUAUCUCUUCGAAAGACAUGGAGAAUGCUUCGGAUUGGCUAGUUAGUGACCCUAGUACUGAGGAGGUCUUCCUUGGGGACGGUUUGAUUGGGAAAUGGUCGAGUAGGCUUCGGGGCAAGCUUCUGAUCCUAGGAGGACCACUCGAGCAACUUCUUUUGCUGGUACUUCACGGAGGGAGAUAGAGGAAGAGGAGGCAGAUUUAGAAGAAUCUCUGGAAGAAGAGGAUGAUGAUUCGGAUGACGACCUCAAUUCUAAUGCAGAUGAAAACAAUGAAGAUGAUGAUUUUGAUUCUUAUUGAUGUCUUGAUUGCCCUCUCGCUUCUUUUGUAGUAACUUUAUUGCACCAUCUUGGUUUGAGCUUUAGACAUUUGGACGAUUUUUAUUUAGUUAUGUGGUUUG